UGACACAGGAAACAGACCGAAGCUUAGCGGAAGUACUGAUAAACCUCGCUGAUUUGUUUGUGGAUGUCUGGAUUAAAGCUAAGAGUUUAUUUUUCUUUCUAACGCAAUUAUUUGUUGUACGGCAAUAAAACAUGGGCAUAUAAUCUUCAUUUAGCCGGAUUAAAGGUGGCAAUCAUUGCAUAGAAGUAAUCCAUUAGAGAGGCUCCCACAGUCAUAUAUAUAUAUAUAUAUAUAUAUAUAUAUAUAUAUAUAUAUAUAUAUAUAUAUAUAGGCCACCAAAGUUUUCACUCCUCGCUUGUCUGUGGCCACCAGCAUGGCUAACAGCAACCCAACAAUAAUUAAGGGUUUGCCUUCAGGUCCUGCAGGCAGGAGCAGUCCAGAGGGAUCUCAGGUUCUCAGUAAGAAGAAGCUACAAGACCUAGUGAGAGAGAUUGACCCAAACGAACAGCUGGAUGAAGAUGUUGAGGAGAUGCUGCUUCAGAUUGCAGAUGACUUCAUAGAAAGUGUGGUGACAGCAGCUUGUCAGCUGACACGUCAUCGCAAAUCCAAUACGUUGGAGGUUAAGGAUGUUCAGUUACAUCUAGAGCGUCAAUGGAACAUGUGGAUCCCGGGUUAUGGGUCAGAUGAAAUCAGACCUUUCAAGAAAGCUUGUACCACAGAGGCUCACAAACAGAGAAUGGCACUGAUUCGCAAGACAACCAAAAAGUAGCACAAAAAACUAUAAUGUUUACCAACUCUGUGUAUUAUAUUUUCUUUCUUUCGUUUUUUCUGAGUAAUGAAGUAAAAGUGGUGUUGGUGAGGGUUUUCUUGCUUAUGAAUUUAAAUUGUAUUAUUGUCUCCCUAACCUUUGACUGUCUUGCAAGAAUCAUCGCACAAAAUUGGUAUUCAUGUUUUGUUCUGUUUCAUUGCCACUCAUCUAAGAUGGGCAGAACUCCAACUUAAAAUUUUUGCCAGUAAACGUUGACUGCAUUAUUUUUUUGUAUUGAAUAUUGCUGUCUUUGGUUUUGCUUUUGAUACUGUUGAGCAUGUAUUUGUGAGUGUUACUGACUCUUCAGCCUUCUAAAAAUGAUCAUUUGUAAUAUUUUGCCAAGGUACAUGUUAAGUAUGGAAGAACUCCUCUGUUUUACUCACUGUACUUUGUAUUCCCCCUUUGCAUUUUCUGACAAUUAAUGAAAGAAAUGUAUCCAGUUGAAUUUUCAGUGUCUGAAUAAAGAAAUGUUGCUGGUAAACAGCAAAAUAA